UACCUCUCCCAUUUUCCAUCAGUAUUUUAAAAGAAAAAAACUUUUUUCCCGAGAAAAUUUCAUUCCCAUGUUCCCGGUCGCAGGUCGCCGCCAUUUCUCCCUCUCCCUAUAUAAGCUCCGUUGGUCUUCUCAGCAAAAGCAUGGCCUUCUCCCUCCCUCUUCUCUCCCUCUAAUCGCGUCGCUCAACUCUUCUCCUUCCAACAAUAGUCUCCAAACCUCCUCUGCUCCCAUGGCGGCGUGCAUCGACACGGCAAGAACUGGGAAACCCCAGCUUUCUCGCCAUCCCAACAGGCCUCAGGACGAUGAUUCUGGGUUCCGGUACCUGAAUUUCUACCGACCCAGUUUCUCGGAUCGGAUUUCCCAAGUGCCCAUCAACGGGAACCAGACGAAAACCCUCCACACUCGCCCCCUCGUCGACGAUCUCGACGUUGACACCGGAAUCGACCAUGUCUGGACGAAGAUGCAAGAAGAAGCGAAAUCCGACGUCGAGCGGGAACCCAUUUUGUCGAGCUACUAUUACGCUUCGAUUCUUUCUCAUCGAUCUCUGGAGACCGCGUUGGCGAAUAUCCUCUCCAUUAAACUCAGCAAUUCGAAUUUACCCAGCAACACGCUCUUCGAUCUGUUCUUCAGCGUUCUUGAAGAAGACCCCGAUAUCGUGGAAUCCGUGAAGUAUGACCUUUUGGCGGUCAAGGAACGAGAUCCAGCCUGCAUAAGCUACGUCCAUUGUUUCCUCACCUUCAAGGGUUUUCUCGCAUGCCAAGCGCAUCGGAUCGCUCACAAGCUCUGGUCCCAAAACCGGAAAAUCUUGGCUUUGCUGAUUCAGAACAGAGUAUCGGAGGCUUUCGCCGUCGAUUUCCAUCCGGGAGCGAAGAUCGGACGCGGGAUUUUACUGGACCACGCGACCGCCGUUGUGAUCGGAGAGACUGCGGUUGUGGGAAACAACGUCUCGAUCCUCCACAACGUGACGCUCGGAGGAACAGGGAAACAGAGUGGUGAUCGUCACCCGAGGAUCGGCGAUGGGGUUUUGAUAGGAGCAGGGACUUGUAUCCUGGGGAACAUCAAGAUCGGAGACGGAGCCAAGAUCGGAGCUGGCUCGGUGGUGCUGAAGGACGUGCCGCCGAGAACGACGGCAGUGGGAAAUCCGGCGAGAUUGAUGGGUGGGAAGGUGAAUCCUGUGAAGCUUGACAAGAUUCCGGGUCUAACCAUGGACCAGACAUCUCAUAUAUCAGAAUGGUCUGAUUAUGUAAUAUAAAAAAGUUGUUGUCUUUGUGGAUUUUAGCUUUGAGAGUUGUUCUCCUACUGAAUAUAGGCUGCAUGAGGAUGUUGCAUGGUUCUUCACUAAAUCAAAUAAUGUGAAUUCGUAUGGUCACUCCAUUUACCAGAGAGCA